CUGGACCCACCCCCUGUAGUCAAGCCUUCCCGGCUAUAAAAGGCAGCCGCUGGACUGGCUUAGGCUCAGAAGCUGUCUCAGGCUCAGAAGCUGUCUCCUAAAGUCUUAAACCAUGGAACAGCUGAGUGUGGCGAAUACUCGUUUUGCUGUUGAGCUCUACAAGGAAUUGGUUGAUACCCGUCCAAAAGAAAACAUUUUCAUCUCUCCAGUUAGCAUUUCAGCAUCUCUAGCUAUGGUACUUGUGGGAGCCAGAGGUGACACUGAAGCACAGUUGUCAAAGACCUUUCAUUUUGAUGAAGUUGAUGAAGUUCAUUCAAGAUUUCAGAGCUUAAACACUAGUAUUAACAAACAUGGAGCUUCUUACAUCCUGAAACUUGCUAACCGAUUAUUUGGAGAGAAGACAUACAAUUUCCUUUCAGAAUUCUUGGGUUCUACCCAGAAAUUGUAUGGUGCUGAGUUGGCCACUGUUGAUUUUCAGCAUGCUUCAGAAGCUGCUCGGAAGGAGAUUAACCAGUGGGUCAAAGAGCAAACAGAAGGUAAAAUUCCGGAGCUACUGGCAUCAGGUUCAGUAGACAAUCUUACUAAACUUGUGCUGGUGAAUGCAGUCUAUUUCAAAGGAAACUGGGAGGAGAAAUUUGAUGAAGCACAUACUACUGAUGCACAAUUUAGAUUAAACAAGAGAGAAAAAAAAUCAGUGAAAAUGAUGUUUAAGAAAACGAAGCUGCCUUUUGGUUAUAUCAAGGCUCUCAAGUGUCGAGUAUUAGAACUUCCUUACAAGGGCAAAGAGCUGAGCAUGAUCAUUCUGCUGCCAGAUGAUAUUGAGGAUGAUUCUACUGGCUUGCAAGAGAUUGAAAAGCAGCUGAGUAUGGAAAAGUUGGCAGAAUGGACACAUCAUAAAAAUUUGGAUACCAUUGAUGUUCGUGUACAUCUGCCCAAAUUCAAGAUGGAAAACACCUAUAACCUCAACUCAGAUUUAGCACGAAUGGGUCUGCACGACCUCUUUACCAGGGGCAAGGCUGAUCUGUCUGGAAUGUCAGGAAGCACAGAUCUCUAUAUCUCCAAGAUUGUCCAUCAGGCUUUUGUGGAAGUAAAUGAAGAGGGCACCGAGGCAGCAGCUGCCACUGCAGGCAUUGCAGCAUUUGCCAUGUUUGUGCCAGAAGAAGAGUUUAAAGUUGACCAUCCAUUCCUAUUCCUCAUCCGUUACAAUCCCACAGGAGACAUCUUAUUCUUUGGCAGAUUUUUGUCUCCAUAAAACCUCUGGAAAUGCAAAUAGAGUAAAGAACACCAAAUUUUUAUAUCUAAAUUUAAAAAUCAUGGUUAUUUGUUAUAUCAAUUUUUCCAAUAAAAUUACUGUUCAGAAACACA